UCUCUUUCGAUAUCUAGAUUAAUAGUAUAAGGUUUUUCUAUCCUCCCUCUUUUCACUUUCUAAUAAAUAAAUAAAUUCUGGUCUUCAGGUUUUGAUAUUAUUUACCCCUUCUGUUUGCAGUAAAGAAUUUUUCCAUAACUGUAAUUUCUUGGAAAUUGCCUAUAGUUUGAAUGAGUAUAUAUCAUUGUUUAGUGUUUUUUCUGUUGAUUUGUUUCAUGAUAUUUCGUGACAAGAUAUCUUGAAGGUUCUUGGUGCAUUCAAUUGGGAAAUUGGAAAUUGUUUCUUAUAUUUCUCAGAACAAAUCAGGAUUUCUGCCGACUGAGAACUGCGGCUGUGAGACUUUGCUUUUGGAAGGGUCAACAAUCGAUCCGCAAUUAAUCAGCCGCAGAUAUAUGCUGCACUUUAUAAUCCAAUAGUCAUGAGACUGAAGGAUCAUCCUUCCAGAAAUGCCCAGAAAAACAAUGAGAGCCACGAUUCUCCUGGCAGUCCGCGGCACAGAAAGGUGUUGGCAAGAUGGGAUCCUGAUGAAGCCUGCAGGCCCGUUAUUGAUGAUGCUCCAAUCUUUUAUCCAACCGAGGAGGAGUUCCAAGAUACUGUUGGUUAUAUAGAAAGCAUUCGUCCCAGAGCUGAGGCUUAUGGUAUUUGUAAAAUUGUACCGCCUCCAUCUUGGAAGCCGCCUUGUCCACUUAAAGAAAAAGAAGUAUGGGAAAGAUCUAAAUUUUCGACACGGAUUCAGCAAGUCGACCUCCUUCAGAACAGGGAGCCAAUGAGGAAAAAGUCGCAAAAAAAGAGGAAAAGGCGGAGGCAGUUCAAUUCGAGACCAAGGAGACGUGCUCGCUCUGAAAGUUCGGAGGCUAAUACGGCUGGUGAAAGUGAAGAAAAGUUUGGUUUUCAGUCAGGAUCUGACUUCACACUUGAAGAAUUCAAAAGAUAUGCAGAAGUAUUUAAAGAAACGUACUUCAGAGUGAAGGAAAGAACACAAGAGUCCUCUGCUGAGAUUGGGCAAGAUAAGAGAUGGCUGCCCACAGUUAAUGAUAUUGAAGGAGAGUAUUGGCGGAUUAUCGAGCAGCCUACAGAUGAGGUUGAGGUAUACUAUGGAGCUGAUCUGGAAACUGGAAUGCUGGGAAGUGGAUUUCCUAAAGAUUCGUCGUUAUUGACAGACUCUAAGAUUAGUCGAUACGUGAAUUCAGGCUGGAAUCUGAAUAACUUACCUCGUCUCCCCGGUUCUGUUUUGAGUUUCGAAGAGUGCAACAUAUCCGGUGUAGUUGUACCGUGGCUUUAUAUAGGAAUGUGCUUCUCAUCGUUCUGUUGGCAUGUUGAGGACCACCAUCUCUACUCGCUGAACUAUAUGCACUGGGGAGAUCCAAAAAUGUGGUAUGGAGUGCCAGGAAAUCGUGCUUCUUCGUUGGAGGAAGCUAUGAAGAAGCACUUGUCCGAUCUAUUUGAAGAACAGCCUGAUUUACUAAAUGAAUUGGUAACUCAGCUGUCACCAUCAGUUCUAAAAUCAGAAGGUGUGCCAGUGUAUCGAGUCGUCCAGAACUCCGGGGAGUUUGUUCUUACCUUCCCAAGGGCUUACCACGCGGGUUUCAACUGUGGCUUUAAUUGUGCCGAGGCAGUAAAUGUUGCCCCUGUUGAUUGGCUGCAACAUGGUCAAAAUGCAGUCGAGCUCUAUAGCACACAGCUUCACAAGACAUCGAUAUCACAUGAUAAGUUGCUUUUGGCUGCCGCUAAGGAGGCUGUCGAUGCGCUAUGGGAGAUCUCUGUUCUAAAGAAAGAAAAUCCCGACAAUUUGAGAUGGAAAAGCUUCUGUGGGAAGGAUGGAACACUUACUCGAGCUAUUAAGACAAGGGUUCGGUUAGAGGAGAAAAGAAUAGAACGUCUACCAGGGGCAACAUGCUUCCAAAAGAUGGAAAAGGAUUUUGAUGUGAAUACAGAAAGAGAAUGCAUUUCUUGCUUUUACGACUUGCAUCUCUCUGCUGCGAGCUGCAAUUGUUCCCCAGAUAGGUUUACAUGCCUCAAACACGCAAAUCUCGUCACUUGCUGUGACCCCGAAAACAGACUAGUUCUUCUCCGCCACUCCAUUGAUGAGUUAAAGACAUUGGUCGAGGCAUUGGAAGAGAACACGUUUGCUCAAAGAGUGUGGGUAUCCGAGGAUGGUGGCCAUUUAAGCCCGAAGAAUCUGAGUGAUAGUAUUCUUGCCGCCCAUAGUCAGUUGUUUGGGGUUGAUCUUUCUUCAAUGAAAAAUGAAUACACAGAAGACUCGGUGUAUAAAGUUUCAUGGGCUGAUUCAGAUCCUGAACGAAGGACCAACUUUUGUGUUGAAGUCGUAAAUCUUGGAUCUGUUGUUCACGGGAAAUUGUGGAGCAACAAGGAUGCCAUAUUCCCCAAAGGUUAUAAAAGCCGUGUAAUGUUCUAUAAUAUCUGCAAUCCACUGAUCAAGAGUAGCUAUACAUCAGAAAUCAUGGAAGGUGGGCUCCUAGGCCCCGUGUUCAAGGUUACUCUCGAAGAGCUUCCACAGGAGAGUUUUGUGGAUGUCUCAGCGCAAAAAUGCUGGUUGAUGGUGUGUCGGAGACUGAAUCAAGAAAUACUGACACAACGAAGUUUGGGGAAGGAAGGGCUGCCCCCGUUGCAGCCUCUGGGCAGCAUAAACGGGCUUGAAAUGUUCGGUUUCCACACUCCAUCCAUCGUGCAGGUGAUCGAGGCGCUCGAUCCUCAUCACAAGAGCGUGGAGUACUGGGAAAACAAGAUCCUUAACAACAAGUCAUCAUCAAGUACAGACGAUAAUAGUUUAGCAGCUGAGAAGAAUUCUUUGGAAACGAGGUCUGAUGGAGGGGAAAUAACAGAUAGUUUUGAGACUGACAUAUUAGCCGGCGGAGACGAGGAGACGCGGUCUGUUUUCGCAAGGCUGUUGAGGAAAGCUAACCCUGAGGAGAUGGAAAUACUGCACAGGAUAUUAUGCAAAGGAUCAACAAGUUCUUUGUGGAGAGUAGCUUUUGAGACGCUGACAGAGGAGAUUCAGAGAAACCCUAAAUAAUUAUUCUUCUAGACAUAGGUGACCAAUUUUUGGUAGUUUUACAAUUUUUGUCAAUUAUUUUUUAGCGUCGGCAUAAACAGGGAGAGAUUAAUCCUGGUGUUGCACGGUGCAGGCAUUUCUGAUGCAAAUAAAUGUGUCGAUUGCUGCAAAAAUGUAGUUUGUAUAAAUUAGAUGAUGACGUUUGGUUUUGGCUCUAACAGUUAAUGGUCUUUGACAUAAUGAAAAGUUGGUGAUCUUGAACAUAAGAAAUCAAGAAAA